AUGGCGACCAAAUCCAACUCCAAGAGACUCAACGUCCUGGUGUAUUCCGGUGCGCAAACCUACCCUGACUGGAGAGAGAAUGUUCUGACGGCGCCUCCAGGAAAUGGAACUACAGUGGACUCUGUCCGCCAGUGUCUGUACACCUUGCGUCGUAUCCUGUCGCCCAACUAUGCCGUCAUACCGGUCACUGGCGAGAUGGUCAUCAAGGAGCCGUGGACUGCGACCUGCGCCCUGUUCGUCAUGCCUGGAGGAGCAGACAUGCCCUACUGCAGGACUCUGAACGGCGAAGGGAACAGAAGGAUCAAGCAGUUUGUCCAGCGCGGGGGAAGUUAUCUUGGUCUCUGCGCGGGUGGCUACUAUGGCAGCUCCCGGUGCGAGUUCGAGGUAGGCAACAAGAAGCUCGAAGUCGUAGGGGACAGAGAGCUGGCAUUCUUCCCCGGUAUAGCUCGAGGAUGUGCCUUUGCCGGGUUCGUCUAUCACUCUGAAGAGGGUGCCAGAGCUGCAGAGCUGAACGUAUCCAAGUCUGCGCUGCCUGUUGGAUCUGUCCCGGAUACCUUUAAGUGUUACUACAACGGCGGAGGAACCUUUGUUGAUGCACCUAAAUAUGCUGAUCAGGGUGUAGAGAUACUCGCAAGCUACACUGAGAAACUACAUGUCGAUUCUGGAGAGGGUCAGGCUGCCGUUGUCUAUUGUCCUAGUUCGUAUAUCACACACAUGGAUCUCUACUAUAUAUACACUGCUAACAAGUACAGGUUCUCUGCUGCCAACUUAGACCGUGAUACAGAGGCUCCUAACUACUCUUCCGUCGUCGACUCGCUGGCAAGAGACGACAAGUUCAGGACUGACUUCCUCAAGGCAUGUCUAGCUAAACUGGGUCUCCAGAUCAAUCAAGACACUGCAACGGUACCGUCCCUCUCCCAGAUUCAUCUGUCUGCCCUCGAGCCCGGUGCUGCACUUGAUGUUCUGUCUUCCCUUAAAGACGUCAUCACCACAGAGGACGGCGAGGAGUAUCUCAAGGACGAUAAUGACACCUUCAUCCUCGAGACGCCGUCCUCUAUGAAAAUGACUAAAGUUGCAGAAGCGCUGCCGGACACCCCUCAAAACGAAGCUGCUGCCACUGACGGGGAUAGUGACAGAAUUGUCGAUUAUAAUGCCAUUGUCAAACGGCUGGUCAUCGACAGCGAGCUUCCUGGAACCAAGACAACGCCGUACUUCAACCAUCAUGCUUUUUACUCUAACUUGAAGGAAUACAGAGGUCAGUCAAAGGAGGAAGUACAGGCCUUUGGUUCGCACAUGCUGUAUGGCGAGGUGGUUACCAGUACCAACACCAUUCUGGAGAAAAAUUCACGUCUACUGAGAAGGCUUCCCAACGGAACGACGGCAACGGCCACCGUCCAGGUCGCUGGUCGGGGUCGUGGUUCAAACGUCUGGGUCUCACCACCCGGUCAGCUCAUGUUCUCUAUCUGCGUGCACCACCCUGUAGACAAGCUCAUGUCCUCCCCGGUGGUUUUCAUUCAAUAUCUAGUCGCCAUGGCUAUCGUUCAGGGCGUAAAGACAUAUGAUAAAGGAUACGACACGUUGCCAGUAAAGCUCAAGUGGCCAAACGAUAUAUACGCCCUCGAUCCUACCGACCCAACAUGCAAAACCUACACGAAAAUAGGUGGCAUCCUAGUCAACGCCCACUACUCUUCAAACGAAUAUAUCGCUGUCGUCGGCGCGGGUUUAAAUGCCCUCAACCCAUCCCCAACCACAUCACUCAACGCUCUUCUUCAGACCUUCAAAGGAACAUCUAACCCCGAGCCCCCAUCCCUGGAGAAACUCCUGGCUCGGAUCCUGACUACCUUUGAAGGACUAUAUGCCAGAUUUCUCCGCACGGGAUUCGACAAGGAUUUUGAAGACAUGUAUUAUUCUAACUGGUUGCACAUGGAUCAGAUCGUCACACUGGAGGCAGAGGGCGGGGUGCGUGCAAGGAUCAAAGGUAUCACGAGGGAUUAUGGGCUUUUGAUCGCUGAGGAGUUAGGUUGGGAGGAUCGGCCGACUGGAAAGGUGUGGCAGUUGCAGAGCGAUAGUAACAGUUUUGAUUUCUUCAAGGGGCUUUUGAAACGGAAGAUGUGA